UUGCUAUAUUCACAAACCCCAGCAUCAGUUACGCAACGAACCCCGUGAAUUCCACCAUUUUCUAUCCCCUUUCGGAACUCAAAAUAUUCACGUAAAUUCAAUAGUUUAUCAAACCAAAGAAACCAAACAAGCCCGAUCUUCUUACUUCCUACACUCCCUAGGCAACUAACUCCUAAAAUAUAAAUUCCUCGACGAACUAUACCUGCUCUUGAGACGCUUGUCCACCCCCGAGGUGUCGCACGAAGCUCGGCUGCGACAGGAACGCGACGACCUUGCGGAGAACGCGAGGCGUCGCCUCCAGGAAGAGGGCUCGAAGGACGUCACGCGCGAGCCCUGCCAGCGCACUAAAUGUCGCAAUCCCGGGCUCGACGUUCGUUUGAAUGCGACGCCGGGAAGGGGGCGAUCACUUUCUCUUGGUCUGCGCGAACGACCACGGCCUACGUUCGCCAGGAGGAACACUCGUAAGCGAGUUUUUACCAAAGAAGCAACCAGUUCGCGGCCACGUUUCCGACCAGUCGUCCUCUGCACUGCAAUUGUCACUCGACCGAAAAGUCGCGAAUUCGGUGGGAUCCUCGACGAUUCGAUAGAUCGGUGGCCUCUCAAAGAACUAGUGGGCAGACAACGCGGUGGGACGCGAUCGCGAGUCGGAGACGAUCGAUGGAUCAGGACGAUCGUCACGGAAGCACGAAUUGGUGACCUGAAUUUGGUGGUGUCUUCUAAGGUUCAACAGUGUUCCAGAUUCGACGAGAGUAAUUGUAGCACUCCACGAUGCGAUUGACGAGGGUAUUAUUCUUCCUGGGAUGUUGGUUCUUAGCACUAGCGCUGGUAGCCGCGUCUCCUAGACCGGAAGAACCCACGUUCGAACUUCCUGUACAGCUGGUCGGCUUCCCGGUGAUCAUAGCUGCCGUCAGGAUCGCUAAUUUCGUGAAGAAACUCGCGUACUCGUUGAAUCCAGGGACUUAUGCCAGUCGAGCGAGGCGAGAUCUGGAUUUGGUUCACGACGAGGAAAUCCUAGACGUCAGUCAGGUCGAGAGGAAAUUGAUAACAGAGCUGGGGAACAACGUCUGCGUCUACGAGAAAAUUUGUGCCAAGUAUGCGGCCCAGACUCUGACGAAACGGAGUCGAGAACGCGACCUCGACUGGAACGUCGUGUUCAGCGAGUACAAAUCAUCGCCGAAUCCGAUGAAGGAGAAUUAUUUAUUGAGCGUGUUCCUGGGCGACAUUAUAGGCAGCCCGCGACUCUGUCAUCAGCUGGCGAAGAGAGGAAGAGGCUGCGUGGACGCGGCGCUCGCGGAUUAACCGUAAACCGCUAUUUAUGUUGUACAAAACCGUAGUCCUGUACAGAUUGUAAAUAUCCCGAUGACGCGUACGCGGUGUUCCCUGUUCUCCAGUUGGGUCGUUAAUCCGCGGAACGAAUAAAGCUGCCGCGGCAUCCGUGUUUUCUCGCCUCGUUUCGCGUAACGAGGUGUCCUCCCUUCUCUCGAUCCUCUCGCAACAAAAACAGCUGACUACGAACGGUCUCCGCGUCGCGCGGAUGUACAAUUAAUUAUUACGUUUAAGGCUGUUAGCGUCGCCGUUAUACCUGAACGUCGGCGUCGCGUCGUUGCGCCAGACUAACGCUCGUUGAAUUAUCAUUAAUCGCUGAAAUGGCGGAUUUUAUGCGUUCACGGUGAACUCGAACCGUGGAAAGUGCGCGCUAAAUGUAUGCUGAAUAUAUACGCACGAAUGCUAAUUGUUAUAUAUAUUCACUUAUGAAAUAUAUUCCGCGUACGUUUCGCAUUUGUUCCGCCAUUGGCGGUGUUUGCUGGCUAUUAAUCAGUGACUCGUUUAAUCGUACGAAUUUAGAACGAUGGAGAGGUGGGGAAGAUCGUUUAUGGGAAAAGUUCGAGUGAUGGAUUCGAUAUAGGGGGUUAUUUCGAGUUAGAAAUAGGUCUGAUAAUAACUGAUAUUAUAUAGCUAUAAUAGCUGGCUGGGGAUAGUCCAAAGUUGUGUUCGAACUUUUCAAACUAUUCGAUGUUAAAGAAGAAGGCCUUCUGAGGAAGACUAUAAACAGGAAAGGCCUGAAAGUAGUUUCUUUACAUUUAGAAUUGAUUUAAUAACUCGUCGCGUAAAAAAGGAUCGCAAAUCAACGUUGAAGACGUUUAUAUAAAAAUAAACUAUACUCGUUCACGCAAUUAUUAGCUAUUAUCUAUCGCAUUGACCGUAUCAAGCAAGUCUCUCCUUUUCUGUAAACAGCGAAUAGUUUUGCCCGCAACAACAAGUGUAUCCAUCGCGCAACCUGUGUUAAUAAAGUUGUUCGAUGCCCGUG